GCUCGUUUUUCCGGGUGCAAAUAAAUAAAAGCUAACCGAUAAGUUAAAGGAAGAUGGCUAUAAGGGGAAAUGUAAUAAUGAGUGUCAGAAAAAUGUAUAGUAGAACUAGGGAAUGUUUAUAAAGAUUAAAACUAUAUCUUGGUUGCAUAAAGGGAUCAUUUUUGAAAGGGAAUGGAUUUUACUGAAUCAUGGAAUGAUACUUGCUCCCAAGUUGGUUAUGCUGCUAGAUUGGGAAAUUUAGAGUAUUUACGCCAGUUUAUUCGGCAGAAGAAACCUGUUGAUGUGGCAGACAAUAGAGGAUGGAAACCACUGCAUGAAGCAGCUGUUUUUUCACCUUCUUUAGCUUGUUUAGAGGAAUUGUUAAAGCACAAAUGUACAAAUAUUAAUUGGGUAACUCAUGAAGGGGAGACAGCUCUUCUGCUUGUUUGUAAAAGGAGGCAAGGAACUGAAGCAAACGAUGUUGUUUCUCUUCUUUUAAAAUAUAAAGCUGAUCCUAAUAUAGUGGAUAAUGAAGAAGAAAGUCCUUUGUUAGCAGCUGUUCGAAAUGAAAACAUUAAUGUGGUUGAACAACUUAUUUCUGCUGGAGCUGAUGUAAAUGCUACUGAUUGCAGUAGAUGGUCUCCGUUACAUGAAGCUGCAACAAAGAAAAAUCCUGUACUGGUGCAGGCUUUGUUAAGGAAGGGUGCUAGUAUUGAUAUACAAGAUGAGUGUGGAAUGACUCCUAUAUUCACUGCUGCACAACAUGGUUGUGAACUAUGUUUGGAAAUGCUUCUGACUGCUGCAAAAGAGAGAGGCCAGGAGGAUGUUGUGAAUGUUGGUGCUGAAGACUGGGCUACCCCUUUGAUGAUUGCUGCUCAGCAAGGAUUUGAAAACUGUGUUAAAAUUUUAUUAGAGCAUAAUGCAAAUUCUGACCUGAAAACAUCAGACCAUGCUACAGCCUUACACAUGGCUGUGCAAGGAAAUCACAAAUUGUGUUUAGAAAUAUUAUUAGAAAAAAUGGACUUGGCUACCAUGAUUAAAUGUUUCCAUCCAUUAACCUACAUCAAUUCAGAUAUGAUAUGCCCUUUGCACUUAGCUGUUGAAUGGGGAAGCCAUGAAUCUUUGAAAUCACUAUUAGCUGCUGGAUUUUCGCCCGACAGUUUAUAUGACUGUGUUGGACUUUCCAUUCCUAAUUAUAUACCAUUCUUACCUGACCAUGAAACAGCAUUAUCAUAUGCUGUUUAUAAAAGAGAUGAAAUUUCUUUGGCUAUAUUGUUAUCUGCUGGGGCAAGCAGUAAUCCUCCUGUAAAAGAUGCUCUUCAUCCACUUCUCCGAGCUAUGAGCAACCCAACGAUGCAAGAGUUUCAUAUUCUCAUGGAAAGUGGUACAAAUGUAAAUUACAGAAGAGAGGGUGGUUCUUCGAAUGAAGUCUUUCUUUACUGCCUUUUAACAAGUUCAGUGUAUUUGCAGCCAUUGUUGUUUCAUGGAUGUGAUCCUAAUAUGUGUUUUGAAGAUGAUGGUGAACUUUUUAUAAAAUGUGCUGGACGAUUUCUUAGAAAAGAAAAGAUGCCAUUGGCUGUUUUUUUAAAACUUAUUCUGCGCUUUCUUAUUGUUACGAAAGCAGUUCAAAAUGCUUUGCAUUAAAUACAUGGUUUCCAGAAGAUGUAAAGGAUAUUUUAGAUGAAAUAGAUCAACCUUCAUCGCUGAAACAGAUAUGCAAUAUAAGAUUAAGGCAACAUCUUUACAAAAUUCAUGGUGUCCAUUUCCCAAAUGUUAUUUCUAAAUUAAGUUUACCAUCCGUCCUAGAAGAAUAUGUUGCUUGCCGUGACAUAUAGAACUUGUUAAAAAUUUGUAUAUUUUAAAAUACAUUGAAAGCCCCUGGUGGUUUAGAGGUCUGAAUAUUGUUUGAUGAUUUAAAUAUUGGAUGUCCAAAUUCUGAACUUUGUACUCUAUUAAUAUGCCUUUUUGGAGUAUGAGAUCUAUGUUCUCAAGCACUCUUAAGUUGACUAUUAUGUAAUACAGAUUCUAUGUGUACUCAUUACUAUGUCUAGUGAACCAUAUAUUAAAAGCAAGCAAACCACCAUUUAUAAAAGAAUCAUGCAGAACAAGACAUAAUAUUCUAGAACUUGUACAUGGUAUCAUUUGCAAAGCUAUCAAAAUUCAUAUCAUUAAGAGGAAUUCUAUUUUUCCCAACAACCUGCCAUUUAGUGCCUUUCUGCUUCUUCUUCAUGUCUACGGAUGACUUACUAGAGGAAUCUGAAAUCAUUAAAGUUAACUCAACUUCCAUCCAACUUCAGUCCACUACUCCAGGCCAUGGAUUAAAAUUUUGGAAGUUUAUGCCAGAGCCUUUUUUUUUUCAGUUAAGCUUAAAGGUACUAGUAACCAUAUCUUCCAAGAAUAUUGGGGGAAAUUGUUUUGAUAUCAUAAAAUGCUUAGAGAUCUCUGAUAAAGCCUGGAAUGAAGCCACCUAGAGAAUCCUCAAUUUUGUUUGGAGAAAUUGUAAAAUAAUUUCAUUCUUGAAAUGACUUUGAGGGAUAUGUUAUGAACAGAAGCCAACAGCUGUCAAUCAACUAGUGCCCUUUUGGAAGACCAUGGGACGGGUAGUGAAUGAGGAUGACCUUUAAGAACUGAUAUAAGAACAUGGCCACUAGCUGUUCAUCCUCUGACUAAUGGAUAUGCAUCAUGAGUACCAACAAAAGGUUAUGAAAGUGAUAUCAUCUGAGGAAGAGAAGGGAAAAAAAAGUGACAGAUUCUCUCAUUUCAAUUGAGAUAACCAAGAAGUAAGUAUACAGUACAAGUACAAAAUUUUGCAAAAAAAAAAAAAAAAAAAAAAAAAAAAAAAAGAACACUAUCCAAGUAAGACUGUAGCAGUGAGAGUGAUGAAUCUGUUUAGCAAUAAUGAAAAGUCGCAUUUAUUUGGAGUUGUCAAAAGAAGGCAAAAGCAAUUGCCAUUGGAUAGGUUCCUUGGUAAAAUGCACAAAAAAGAAAAGAUUUUGGUGAGCAACAGAUAGUAGUAAUUUUCUUAGUUUAGCACAAUUCUUUUCAAGGGUAAAGUGCAACUUAAUUUGUUCUAUGCAUAUUUUAUAUCAGCCAUUUUUUAUGAAUAUUUUUGGAUUGCACAAAAAUCAUCUGAAUUUUCAUUAUUUCUUAUGGAGAAAUUCACUUUGAUAUAUGGGUGCUUGGGAUUACAAGAUUUCGGGAACAAAUUAUGCUCCAAACCAAGGCAUCACUAUAUUAAGAAAUGUAAAUAUGUUCCAGUAUCAUUAAAUCCCACUACUGAAUUUUGUAAAUCAUGAUAUAUUCAUAAAUAAGAAACUAUAUAUAAAAAUAUUUUGUCUUUGAUCAGAUCACUUAUUUAUUUAAUUGUGUGUGCAAGAUUUUGCAAUUCUAAGCAAGAAAACUUUGCAUGAAAUAUUAAGCUUAAAAAUACAAAGAAAGUUUUUUUUUGGGGGGGGAAGGAAAAAAAAAUUAUGUGCAAAAGCUAUAUUUAGAUAGAGAGGAGAAGUUAUUGCAAAAUCUGAUAUUGCAGCUUCUGUAUGUAGAUUAAAUCUUAUUUAGCUGUAAUCCUGAAUGUAUUGGAUUCAAGAUAAGUGUUUGUUAAUAUUUGAAUCAAUGUUAAAUGCCAAAAUAACAUCAUGCUACCAAUGAAAAUCCUAAUUCUAAUAUCAAUGCAUAUCAGGCUAGGUGAAUCAAUGAAAUAAAAUAAAAAAAUAAUGCUUUCUGGUACUAAAACUGAGUAUUGCAUCAUGACUAAAGCUUUGAAAGGAGUUCAAAUUUUAAUUAAAAUUUGUUCUAUAAGAACUUGAAUUUGAAGAAAAAGGGAGAAAACAAGUAAUAAUUUUGGACUGACAAUCAAAAUGUUCAAUAUUGAAUAAGAAUGUAGUUAUGUUAUGUAAAUGUACGGUUAUUUAAUAAAAAUGUAUUAUGUUAAGGAAUUAAUUUAUAAAAAAAUGAAAUUGAUAUCAGAUAUGCAUAGUAUAUUAAUUGGUAUUUUGUCUAAAAGUCUAAAUAUAAUGAAUAUAAGAAAAAUAUGGUUCUGGUGAGGGCAAAUAUUUAUAUUAUUUAAUAUUGUGUUUCUUUCUGGCAUGGGCUUCUAAGGAAAAUGUUAAAAUUCCCAUUUUGAUUAAGAGAAUGUUAAAUUCAUAAGUUUGAAGUGCUAAACUGUACAAUGUGACUGCAUUCAUGCUUUUUAAAAUGGACUAUGGUAUAAGCUGUUUAUUGUUGAUAGAUUAUUCUAAGAUAUUAUAGAGUAUGAUGUAGUGCAGUGGUUGGCAGUCUUUUAUACUACAAGGGCAUAUUUUUAAAAUGUGGGAAUUCAACGGGCACCACAGAUAUCAUCGGCAGUAACAACAAAAAAUAAUACAUGACAAAAAAAAUAAAUAUAUAAUUGUAUCAAAAUAGAUUUAAUUUAUGUGAUUUGUAAAAGCGUUAAUAUUCUAACAAUAUGUUUUGAUAUUGCAAAAAUGUUUAUGAAAACAUAUUGCUAUAACAUGUUGUUUCUAAAUGUUGCUCCCUGAGCAAGAAAAUUACAAAUUGUUAUUGUUGAGCAACUGAAAUAAGUUGCUGGUCUAAACAAAGCUGAUGUAAAUGAUAUACUUAAUUAAAUUAUUUUUAGUAUCAACCAUUGCAAAAGCAAUGUCUGAAUCUUUUUAUCUUUUAAUUUGAAAAGAACACACACUCUGCUUAAACUUGAAAUAUAAAAUGACAAGUUUACAAAUGAACAGAGGUUAUGGAUAUAAAGCGUGGCAUGCCAUAGUUAAACAGAGUAUAGGAUGAUAGUGAGGACAAAAAAUAAUUCACUAUAUGGGGAAUCUAUUUUCUAGCAGUUGAAAACUGAUUCAUCUGGUCAUUGCAAUAAUCAUUCAUUUAGAUGUUGCUAAGAUUUAGUUUUUACGAAAGUUUAAUUGUAUAAUUCGUACAGUUAUUAAAAUGGUGAAGAUAAAAUAAGAAUUUUUACUAAAGUUAGUCAUUACAAUUAUGAAUGUUUGCUUUUCUUUUUAAAGCAUUAAAAUUAUUUCAUGGGCACCAUGUUGCCAACCUUUGCUUUAGUUUGUUUUAAUGAUUUUCUUUUCACUAGUGCGUUGUUUUCUGGUGUUUAUACUAUAUGUGAAAUACUUGUUUAAUACUGCUGUGAUUCUUUCAUCAUAAAUCUUCUUGUUCUUUCCAACUUACUUAUUUUAAUGAAAGUAUUAUUAGAGAAUAAAUACUAUAAGAAAUUUAGUUCACUAAUUUUUUUUAGUGAAUAUACGAGAUAACUACUAAAUUAGAAAUUAUAUGCUACAUGGAAUUGUCAUUUUGAGGAGUUUGGUAAAGGCAUGUAAUCUAAUGCGAAUAACAGUAGGUCGUAUUGGGGAACUGGAAUUAAUUUCAAACGAUGAUUGAAUUUUGCAAUUUGUCAAUGUAUGUGUCAAUGCGAGUGUUUAGAAAGUUUUCCUUUUCCCCUUUUCUUUUUCUUAAUUUAUUAACCCAUUGUCAGUUUAGAUGGUUAAUGGUUGCAAACUGUGUGACAAGAAAUUUAGGCUUUUGUUUCAGCUUCCAAAAAUGGUUUGGUUGUCUCUUACUGAUUUUACUCUUUUCUGUAAAUUUAAUACUGUCAACCUAUACAUUUCAGCACAAUAAACAUUAUCGGUAAUGAGGUGGAAAACGAAAGAUGGGUUUGGGCACAGUUCUAGCAAAUGACUAAUCAGCAAAUAACCUCACGUCAUUUGUUCAAGUAUUAUAAUUUUUAUUUAAAAUUGUGUUUUUACUUUUUUAAGAACUGAUCAAAGCAGCUAUUACCAUUUAAAACAAAAAUCAGAGCAGGCCUGAUAUUUAUACUCAAUGCAUGCAGUUUCAGAAAUUAAAGGAGAAAAACUGUUGAGAAAUUGGAAAAAAAAGCGUAAAAAAUUAUGUUGUAUUUGGAAUUUAAAAGAUACCACCAUAGCUCUAAAGUUCUUAAAAAGCAUGCAAAAUUAAAUCGAAAAAAAUAAAAAAGGGAGUAAAAAAAAACAUUUAUUUUUUAUUUUACCAUAAUUUAUACCAAAUUAUUUCUAUUCUUAGCGCAUUACUUAUCUAACUGUAAUAUGUAAUAUUUUUAAAGGAUAUUGUGGGGAACAGAAAUGAUUAAGCUCUACGUAUGAUGAAAUCAAUCUAUAAAUAAUGAUAAAAAGCAUUAUUUGUGUAAUCACAUAGUUUGAUAAUAAAUUUGUAAUUUUAAAAAUAAUUAUUAAUAUCAUUAUUACACUACUUCAUGUUCAGAAUUACAGCUAAUAAGUACAGAUGGGAAACUGCAUCUCAGAACUGUGGUUAGAAUGAACAAACAUUGCAGUCAAAAGAAGACUAAACUGAUUGUGAAAAAAAAGGGCUCUGCUGCGGAGUACUGUUGUUGAUCACAGUAGUAUAAAAACCUGUCUUGAUUCAUGGAAUAUUCUUGAAUGAAUUUAAAUGAACAAGUUUCAACUUGGCCAUCUAUAAUUUUUAAAAUUGUUCUGAGUAUUUACUACAUGUUAUCUGUUAAAUUUGAAUGUUAGUUAAAAUAGAGAAAACAACGAAAACAUUUUUACUAAAUUAGAAAUGAAAUAACAAAUGACAAAUUCAGGGGAACUACACUAAAAUAGAAGAAUGAUGCAUCCCAUUGUUUUUCAUAUGUUGAUUUUAUCAUGCAUUUGAAAUUAUGAUGAAAUAGUUAUGAAUGUAUAAAUAAAAUUUGUGCAAAGUGCACAACAUUUUUGUAGCUCUUUAUUAACUUUGUUUUUUCAAAAAGGCAGAUAAUUAAAAAAAACUUUUAUGAUGUGCACAUUAAAAUGUUAUGUAAAAUCAUGCAUCAGACAGAAUUAUUUGUGGCAAGCAGUUGUAUCAGAAAUUCGAAUAGGCAUUUCUUGGGUAAUUUAUAGCAAACAUUAACUACAAGAAUAAAACGUUUAUUGUGAUGAUAUUAUAUUCCAUCAAAACAUGUGUAUGCACGUUAAAUGACAUUCACUUUGCAUUCAACUGAUGAAGUAUUUUAUUUGAACAGGUGUUUUUUUAAAUUAUUAUUAUUAUUAUUUAUUUUAUUUUAAUUUUAAUAAUUUUCCCCGUUUUAUCUGAAUUUAAUUUAUAGCCUUUUAAGUUACAGUCAUUCUGUAUAGAAAACAAAUUUUUUAUUCUGAAAAAUUUAGUGACCCUGCUUAUUAAUCUUUGAAACUAAGUAUUUGUAGUCAUGUUAUUGAAAUAAAAUCAGUUUUAAAUGCCCAUAUUUUUUUGUUGUUUGUGCCAUAUCAUGAGAUAUUCAAAACUAAAGUGUAAAUAGAGUGUGUUCAAAUUUAUGUAGUCUUUAUUAUUUGUAUGCUGGUGAUUUUUUGGCUGUGUAUUUUAUCUUUUAAGCUCUUAAAAGCAUCACUUAAUAAAAAAUAGAAAAUGUUUAGCAAAAUUUUCCGAAAUAUCAGUAUUUAUCAUUCUGCAACAAAAUUGAAUUCUAAAAGUUUAAAUAAAAUUGUGAGCUGUAUUUAAGGAUUCUUUUUUGAAUCUAAUAUCCAUGUGUUAAAUUAUAAAGGAAUAUUUUUAUUGUGUAAUUAAUAUUUUGCAGCUUAUCAGUGAAUUAAAGGCAGAAGUAAAAAUUAAUUUUUAUCAUCUUUGGAUUUGAAAAAGAAUUGAUAUACAUUCAGUUCUUAUUUUUGCCUUCUUUAAAUUUAAUGAACAUAGCUAAAUUUAUCAUUGCAUGCAAAAGAAGAAAAUUUACCUUUGUGUGACAUUUUAUUUAGUAAAGGAAUUUUUUAUGAAGAUCAAAUGUAUUCCAUUUUUUUAUUUAGUUGUUGAUAGAUUAGAAGAUUUAAAUGAUAUUGUUAAACCAGUGUUAGUGACAUUUAUCUACAAUAAUAUAACUAUGAUUGUUUUUAAAUUGUUAUUACAUGUAUAAUGGUUUUAAUAGCUAUAUUUUCUGUAAUUAGCAUGAGUAGUAGGAGAAAUUGCUCUGUGAUUUGUAUAAUUUAGGAAUUUAUAUAUUCAGUAACUGUUUCCAAAAAGUAGUAAUCCUUGAUCUUAAUACUUAGUUAAAUAUAAAUAUGGUAUAAUAGAAAAAUAUGUAUAAGUAAGUAUUACUGAUAAGACUUCAAAAAACUUAUAAUGAUGUUUUAAAUUAUAUUCUUUAUCUCAGUUCACUGCAACGGUAUUAUUUUACUUAUUAAUUUCAUUUUAUGUCAACUUUGUAUUAUUCAUGGUUUGCAGUUUGUGAGACAUAGUACUUAAAUCCUCUGGCAUCAUACUAUGUUAUUUGGCAGAUGCUGGGAUCUUAUUUGCAUUUGUAUAUAUGAAAAAACAAUUGGUAAGGAUAACAUAUAUUUCUUAAUGUUUAAGUGGCAAAAAGUAAUUCAGUCAAAUGAAUAAAAUGUAUGCAUAUCAUAAUAAAUAAACUGACUUCGAAAAUAAGUCUUAUUUUAUAUUGAAUGCCUAUAAAAGAAUAAGCUUUUCAAUUUGUUGAUAAGUUUCCUACUGCAGUGCAGUAAAACAUUAUGGAGUAUGCAUUUACAUAUUUAACAUUGUUCAAUUUUGUUUAAUGAAUAUCCACAUGAGAGUAAAUGUAUUUUCAAACAUUCAGCAAUAGGUUGCUUAAUGUACUAGUAAAUUUUGAAAACUUCCCAUGCUCAAGUUUAAAAUUUAUAUGAUCCUGUGAUUUGUUGUUAAUUAGUUAAAUAACAUGAUUUUAAAAUUUGUAUAAUAUAUAUAAACAAAAAUAUCUUUUCAUAAGAGUUUUUUCUUACUUUAUUAUAUUUUAAUUUCAUAUAAAAUUAACGUUUUUAUUUGAUUUCUGAGAUUAAAGAUUUUUUGCGUGUUAAUAGUUUCUUAAAAAAUUGAGAUUAAAGAUACACUUGUAGAUAAAAUUAAAGUUGUUCAUUACUUGUUCUUAAAGUAGAUUUAAAAAAAAAAAAAAUUCUUAAAGAUUUUCCUUUUUCUUAAAGAAAAGUAAUUUAUUUAAGAAAAUUUAAAAUUGUGUUUUCUCUCGUUUUCUUUUAAGUAAUUAGUCUGACAUAAUAUUAGGCAAUAGCUUUCAAGUGCUUUACCGUAAUCAGUUAAAAGAAAUCUAAAAUAAAGGGGAAAAGUCUUCUUCUCUUCCCCCUUCUCCCAAAUAUUGUAGAGAAUGUUAUAAAAAUGUGAAGGUAUUAUAAAAGACUGCAUAUUUGAAUUUUUAAAAAGGAUUUAUAGUUUUUAUAAUAAUACUGCAGUGUAAAAUAUUGCAUUGAUAUUUUAAUUUUAAACAUUAUACAGUAUCAUUUGAUUUUUAAAAACCAUAUAUUUUCCCCCCUUAAUCUAAUAAUAAUAAACUUUGCUUAAAGGAAUAAGAAAUACACAAAAAUAAAAUCUAAAACUAGGCAAAAAAGCAACCUUAGAUUAGUAUUGAUUUUGAAUAAAACUUGAUAGAUUUUGAGAGCAAUCAGACAUAGGUGCCUCUUCUUAAAAGCAAAAAGUAUUUGCAAAGGUAGGGCAAUUGCUCUCACCUUUUUUUUACCCAAUUUUAUAAUGCUGUUAUGUCUUGGCUUUUUUAUUUUAUACUAGCUGCUACGUGACCAGGCUUCUUCUGACUUUUAAAUGUUAAAUGUACCAGAAAAAUGCGUAAAGGAAACACCAAACAUUAAAUUUAAAAACUGCACAGUUUUACUCUGCAGAACAACUUCAUCAAAAAAAAAAAAAAAAAAAAAAA